UUGCACUCCAUGGGAAAGCGAGAAGAAAUAGCCUACCUCUGAUCAUCAACGCGUCAUAUAAUGUUUCAGCGGACGCCCCUCCCCCUGUCUCGUUUUUUCCCCUCACUCAACCUCUCCUUUGACUCACAGAGGCGGCUCACCACUGGUGCACGGACCGUGGAGGAUACGGGCAGAAGAUGGCUGACUUAGCCGGGCACCGCAAGCCCUCGGCGGCAUCACCAGCGUCACACGGGCCGCUGAAAAGCUGCAAGACAUCCGCCGUCUGGCGACUGUAAACAGCUGCCGCUGCCUCUCUCUUACCCCCUCCUCACCCCUCCUCACCGCAAAUAUUGACAGAAGUAUCUCAGAGAAAACAUGGCAGAGAUGGAAAAAGAGGGCAGACCUCCGGAAAAUAAAAGAAGCCGAAAGCCAGCUCACCCGGUGAAAAGGGAAAUAAAUGAAGAGAUGAAGAGUUUUGCAGAGAACACCAUGAACGAGCUGUUGGGCUGGUACGGCUAUGACAAGGUGGAGCUGAGAGACUCUGACAACCUGGAGAUAGGGGAGACGCCACAGCACAUCUCUGUCCUCAAAGAAAACUUGUUGCCAAAAAUCCCAGCUUCAACAGAGAGCAGCGAAGGCUCCCCGGAUCGAGCCAACAGCUCCCACUCUUUGCCAACCUCCAGGAACGGAGUCACAGAGUCCUCCACCACACCGUCCACCUCCAUGCCCAGCACCAAGGAACAUGGCAACCUGCCCAUUAUAGUCCCCAUGAUCCCCCCACCACUGAUCAAGCCCCCUGCAGAUGAAGAUGCAUCCAACGUGCAGAUCAUGUGCGCCUGGUGCCAGAAGGUCGGCGUCAAACGCUAUUCUCUGAGCAUGGGGAGUGAGCUGAAGAGCUUCUGCAGCGAGAAGUGCUUCGCCGCCUGCCGCAGAGCCUAUUUCAAGAGAAACAAGCUGGGAUAUAUAAGGAAUUACGCUGCGAGAGACGACGAUGGCCUCGGUGGGAAAUUACCCCAGCACAGCUUUACUCAGGACACGCCCAGGCUUGUCUUCAAGACAAACAGCGAUGUGCUUGUAUGUGACUGGUGCAAACAUAUUCGCCACACUAAGGAGUACCUGGACUUCGGUGCUGGUGAGCGGAGGCUGCAGUUCUGCAGUGCCAAAUGCCUGAACCAAUAUAAGAUGGACAUUUUCUACAAGGAGACCCAGGCUGCACUGCCUGGAGCAUUGUGUAACCCUGGACACGGCGCUGGUGGAGAGAGUAAGAUGGAGUGCAGUGGAGGGGUGCAGCUGCUCACUCCUGAAUCCUGGGGAACGCCGUUAACGGACCUCCGGCGAAAAGCUCCUUCACCAGGGGGGCCUUCCACCACCUCUGCAAUGGCCCCUUCCACUUCUUCUGCCACCUCACCAUCAGACACUGCUGCCGUCUGCUCCCCGUCCUCCUGCUCCUCAGCCAAGAUUCCCACACCCAGACCCCAUGAGAGCCCCACACUCCCCCCUCCACCUGUUCCCUCUUUGCACCCACCUGUUGGUGUUCCCCCUGGUAGCCCUCCCAUGGUGAUGACACCCCGGGGACCCAUGCCCCUACCGCUGUUCAUGGAGCAUCAAAUGAUGCAGCAGAUGCGUCCACCAUUUCUUCGGCCCUCUGCCCACCCAGGUGGGCCCAAUAGCCCCCUGUCAAACCCCAUGAUCCCUGGUAUUGGUCCACCACCUCCCUCUAGGACCAUGGGUUCAGCAUCAAGCCCCAUGCACAGACCCCUGCUGUCUCCACAUGUCCACCCCUCAUCCAAUCCCAACCCUGGCAUGAUGCCCCCCCACCCUGGUCUCCCCAUGCCAGGCCUGCCUCCUUUCCCCCCUGUCAACAUGAUGCCCAAUGGACGCAUUCCUCUGCCCCCUAUGAUGAACUUUGGUAUGCCAUCCCUGGCCCCAUUGGUACCCCCUCCAACUCUCUUGGUCCCUUACCCUGUCAUUGUACCCCUCCCAGUCCCAAUCCCUAUUCCAAUCCCAAUUCCCUUCAGCCCCAAAACUUCCAGGGACCAGCCAGAGAGCAGUGGCACCUUCCGCAGUGCUCCAGAGUCCUCUGAAGCUUCAGCCUCUGGGCCCCACUCUCCAGGUUCCUCUGCAGGUGACAGAGGGGAGCAGAAACUAGAGCCAGCUGGUGCAGAGCAUCUCUCUCCUGUACGCUCAGAGAGAAGCAGGACGGCAUUGGUGGACUUGACUGUGAAGGCAGAGGAAAAUGCAGGCAGUCUGUGUCUAACCAGCGGCCCUGGACCGAUGGACGGGGUUAUUGAUCUAACUGUGGGCCAGAGGCCAUGCCAACAGCAGGUAAUUCAGAGGAUGCUACCUGGGGUCCAGGUCAAAAUAGAGGCAGAGGCUGAAUCAAGAUCUCCACCAGCUGCUGGGCUGGGUUGGGAAGGGAAAGGCAGUCGUGAUGGGGGGGAAGGGGCCCUCUCCCAGGGCCUCCUUAGUGCUGCAGAGCUGGAAGGGGCCACACACCCAAACACACUGGAAUUAUCAGGCCCACCAUCCAGCAACAGCAGCCCUUCUUGCCAUGCUGAUCCUCUAGUGAGCCAGCUAAAUCCCUGUAUGUCUAAUCGUUCCCCACCACCCUUACCCAGCACAGCACGGACCCAGCCCCAACCCCUGCCCCAGCUCCAAACUAGCCCUGCUGCCCCAUGUAAUGUCAUAGUCAAUGGUACGGGAUGGCAUUCGCUCCUCACUCCUGCCUUUGAGUCUUACCCUGACCGAAGAGGAGACAGUGUUGCAGGAGAAGGAGAGGCUGAGGAGCAACCAGCUAACGGUGAGCUGGAGCAUGAGGCACUGAAAGAGAACAAUUGCUCAAUUGGAGAUUGGGAGCCGGGUAAGCGGGGCUCAACACAAGACGAGAUGGCGGACACAGUGGAGGGUAAGCCAGACCCUGACUCCAACAUGGAGGAGGGUGAGCAUGCCUAUGCUCUGCCGCUGCUGUCUACCGGAGGCUGUGUCGUCAUCCAGCCUGUGCCAAAGCCCGGCGCUGACAAGACGGCCAUCCUGUCCUGCUCCAUCAGUGCCCCUCUAUCAGCAGACGGGAGCCCCGAGCUAGAGCCGCCGCUGAAGAGGAGGUGUCUGCGAAUCCGCAAUCAAAACAAAUGAGAUGGACGCUCUGAGGACCACAGUGCCAUCAACGACACUCACUUGUCCACCCCCCACCUCCAAAUCCCACCCCUCCCAGCUACACCACCACACACGUUCACACACACACACACACACACACACACACACACAGAUUUUUCUCGUCCUCACUCAUCGUCCAGUCUACCAGCACCACAAAACGCCUUCGACAACUGAUGAGAGUCCAACCAAACAUGUUGAUGUGUAUCAUAGCAGAGCAGACAGGACUCCUUUUGUCCAUGUGACAGACACUCUGAUGGACUGAACUUCUACAGACUUGAUGUCGUGGCCAGCAGGAUCGCUUGACCUUUGAACUGCAGACAGUAUAUCCCUGCAACAGGAGGACUUUACCCCGCUGCUUCUCUCCUCAUUUACAGACUCUCAGCCCACACUGCCCCUUAUACCUUAUCCACCCUCCCCCUAUCAAAGCAAGUGCUCUCUGUAUUGUCUGUUUCUAUGGAACGCUGCUGCUGGGAUGUUAGUGAAGGAGCUCCAAAGAGAGAUUUACAUCCCUCAAUGAAAUUGCUCCUGUUUCAGUCCGACCUGGUGCCACACCACAGAUACAAAAUCUCUGCUUCAGUAAGUGUUUUUUUUUCCCUCACACAACUUGUCACUAAGGUAUAGACUGAUUUCACAAAGAGCCACAGAGCUGGCAAUAAACUAACCAGCAAAAAUGUACUUGCCAACCUGACACAAAGUGUUCUGGGCGAUUCUGAUGGGUGGUAGCUAAAGAGGAGCAUACUAAGCAUGAACACAUGACUGAGAGAUAUUUCAAUAAGAGGCUGGAGAACUGUCCUUGGACAUAAAAUCACCGAUUUUGUUGAGAAUUACUGAAUCAGCAAACUAGAGGAUGAAAUAUUAACCUUCACCAGCAAGUAAUGGUGUGUGGGUGGAAUCAUGCAAUCUCUGCCAUUUUCCUGUAGCAUCUAUUUGUUUGCUCUUAAACUUCACUCGUUUAAAAUAUAGUGUUACACAAGAAUGAGGCAGAGUUGUCAUGAUAAUCAUUCCUACUAUUGGCAUUAUCACACCCUGUGGAACGCUGUCUGUGUGCUCUAACAGUAAGCCAUGCUAGUUACAGUAAUAAGCUGCUGUUUGAGAACAUUUCGAGGCUUACUGCACCUCCAGAAGAACUGGGAUGGCAUGACAAUGUAGAAACUCUGCCAACCUGCAGUGGGUACUUGCAACCGCAGGCUAGUACUUAAUCUUUUCUAUAAUACAUUACCAGUGAUGUUUCUGUAAUGGGCUAGUUCAAGACUGCACUGAAUUUAGACAGGGCAGAGGGAAGCCAGCUCUUUCAUAAAUAAUUCUUUUGGGACCUGGAGAAACACUGUUGAAGUAACACUACAGAUUUUUUCUACAAUAAACACACUGAUGACAAAUUCAUUUUGGAAAUCGUUUGAGAAAUAUUUAAAACAUUGCCUCUUGCUUGUCCAACAGUCCUGCCAAGUUUCUUAAAUUUUUUUGCCAAUUAUUAUUUUUUAAGCCAAAUUUAAAGGGACAGUGUGUAGGAUUUGUAGGAUGUAGUGGCAUCAAGCAGUGAGGUUUGCAGACUGCAAUCAGCUGAAACUUCCCCCAUGUGCCAAGCAUGAACUACUGGUUAGGAUUCUUUCAGUGUUCACUGUUCAAGAGGGUUUUACCGGGAGAAGAAUUAUUCGCAGGGGUCUCAUCCUCUCCAAAACUGACACAAUGAUUUAAGACUCUGAAUAAAGCAGUUUCACUUUACAAAUCAGUAUUUUCCCGCUACCUAGCACCUGCUAAUGUGUGCUCAGCUUUUUCUCUGAUAACUUAAGAUCCAGAUGUUCAGGAGGUUUUUACCGGGAGCUGAAUUAUCCUGAAAGGUCUCUUUCUCUCCAAACCAAACAGACAGUUUCAUGUUAAAAAAUGAGUGUUUUUCCGGUGCUACUCACAGUAGAGGUGCUGCUAACUAUGGUGGGAGAUGCAAAAACGCUAUUGACCCUAUCUAGAACCAGUGUUUGGUUUGUCUGUUCUAGGCUACUGUAGAAACACGGAGUUGCAACAUGGGCGACUCAUAUAAAUGGCUAAUUCUAAGGUAACGGAAACAUGUCGAUUCUUAUUUUUUUAGGUGAUUAUACACUAAAGAAAACACUUAUUAUACUAUAUUCCAUUUCUGCCAAUAUACCCCCCUUAAUCCUACACACUGGACCUUUAAAGCCAGCAUUGUCCUCAAUUCAGUGGCGUGCUCUAUGUACAGCUUUUUGGGCAGUUUAAGUGAACGCACCACAACUGUCACCCUUUCGGUUUGAUCUGAUCCAGUUACAGCGCAGCUUAAGCCUGUGAGCCAGGACAUCAAACAAAGCCAGCAUUUAGUUUACACUCCUAUGGAGGAGGUACAUUGUACCAGUGUGAGACAAGGUAUUAUCAUAUGCCAAAGGCCUCUGGUGUGUUGAAACAAAACAUGUCACCUAGUUUUCAGUGGAAAUGGGAUUUCAAACUGAAGAUUUGACCAGAUAAUUUAUAGUUGCCAAAAUAACAAGCACUUAUUUUUUAAAAAAUGGAAGGAAGAUACGGGAGAACAGAAGUGGAUGUCAAAAACAGUAUUACCCCAUAGUCUCUCUUUAUGGUUUAAGGGCCUGUGAUACGUCACACUGUGAGUACGGUGAAAUACAAAUUGGGAUUAAAAAGAUGCUGCGGGACUUGAGUGGGUUACAUUAAAUGUGUGCGUUGCGUUGCAGCCCCAUCAUAUCUCACUGUUUUCUUGUAGCAUUUGGUUUUGUGGUCAAGGUGGGAUUUUUUUCUAUGUCCAAAUGAGGCCAGACAUUAACUACACAUAUUCACAUGUCACAAGCACACCCACAGUACCCAUACUCAAGUCACACACACAAUGCACGUAGUAAAUUUAAUGUGUGUGUGUGUGUGUGUGUGUGUGUGUGUGUGUGUGAGGCAGGUGCAAGCAGAGAGCCCAGUUGAGAUUACAGAGUGUUGACUCAGAGUAAGUAGUGUGCAACUCUAUCUGUUGCCUGUUAGUCAGGCAUUUAGGCUUAGCUUGCCGCUUGCCAAGGCCCAGCUUUGGUGUCACUUUAAGCAUUUCCUUGCCCCCGCUUCAUUUCUCUGCAAGCAAAGGCAGUGAAAAUGCUCUUUUUAAAGCUGCCUGUUUCUUUCUUGUCUACCCUCUGCUGAAUUGAAUUUGUCCAUAAGUAGAGAUAUCCCUGUCUGUAAUUCCUUCACAGAUAGCCUAUCUGUAAGCACAGGAUUUCUAAAAUUACAGUUCAUAACAGGAGAAUAGGUAUUGAGCAAUUGCACCCCUGCUUCAAAGUUGAGGUUUCCCUGCCUAGCUGUCAGUUUUGUUGUCCAGAAUCUUGCUAGUAAAAGAACAGAAACGAGGGCUGAUGUAACCGAGAAACUGGACACUGUAGUUUCCAGUGUCUGUAAUAUGGGAGUCAUACAAAACCAAGGCCACAGCCAGGAUUUUAGAGGUCAUGAGUCCCCCAACACACCGCUCGCCACUGACCAGAAACCAAAAAACAAGGUCUCUAAUUUUUUAACUACAUGGAUGUGUACACUUUCUAUAAAUGUUAUGUCUUAUAAAACUUAUACAAUACACGCGAUGUGUACAUUUUUAAAAUGUAAAGCUCCCCCAGGUUGCAAAAACAUCCAGAGGACACCUCAGUAUCCUCAGUGGUAGCUAUAACCUCUCUAUCCUUUUGUCUGAGGCAGGACAGGUUACAGUUUCCUGUUUGUUAGUGUAUGAUGGGUCUGCACCAUGCUGUUAAAAAGAGGGUGGUGGACUAUUAUGUUGGUCAACUCAGCUGUGAGAACAAAGUUUUCAAAAUGACCUUUUGUUUACUGCUCCACUGCACACUUAAGCGUGCACUGCACUGGGCUGACAGGCUGCUAGCAUCCUCAAAGCAGGAAGACUGACCUUGUAAAGGAAAAGAAAGGUGUCUGUUAUGUUAUUAUGUGACAUGUGGACUAAUAAGUUUUUGUCCUGCUAACAGUUGAGACAAAUGGUGGCUACGUGGGCAAAUUAAUUGCCAAAAAAUGAAUUAAGCACAGUGAUGUUAAUCAGAGGAUGGACUCUUUCCAAUUUGGACUCUCCCAUUAGCUCUCCUCUAGCACCACCCUCAGGACAAAAUAUCCGCUUAGUUUGAGCAUGAAGUAUCUAAAGCUAAUUGCCAGAUUCCAAUUAAAGGAAAAGUCCAGUAUUUUUUGGAAAUAUGGUUACAAAUGUAAAGCUACAGCUAGCUGUCGGCUAGCUUAGCUUAGCAUCAAGACUGGAAACAGGGAAAAAGCUAUCCUGGCUCUGUCUAGAGGUUAUAAAAAUCUGCCAACCAGCAUUAAGCUUUAGAAAGCUUAUUAAUUAGCUGUUAUAUCUCACCUGUUUCCAGUUUUAAUGCUAAGCUAACUGGCUGCUGGCUGUAGCUUCAUGAUUAAAUUCCCCCAAGUGUUGAUAUAGAGUGUCAAGUUCAUGUCAUAAUGUGUUAAAUGUUUCGGACGAGGGCGCCAUCUUGUGAGGAAUACACUGUGUUACAGUACAUGUGCCAGCAAUGGCGAGUAAGCAACAAACUUAUCACGAGAAAUAACAUGGAUCCAUAUGACUUGGCAGCCCAAACUGGAUUACAGACCCAGAUGCACUACCUCCACUUACACAUCCGGACAUUGUAAACUAUUUUGUUUUUGGAUUGAGUGCAUACACUUUGAUAAUAGAAGUAACAAAGCAUUCCUCAAAGAUGGCGCCCUCAUCUCUGUUCCUUUAUAUUUGCCUCCUAGAGGACAAUGCUAAUUGUUUUGUUGACCUUUUCCUGACCCUUCUUCUUGUGCCACUGUCAGGCUACACUUACAGUUUUAGUCCGACUACUGUCCGAUCUCCCAGGAUUUUUCUAACUCAUUAUCUUUACAAGAAACUUCAUACUGAUUUAAAAAGGUGAAGGGGGCUUGAAUUUCGCUGAGGAACUAACCAAAUCCUUUGCUGUGUCUGCUUUUUCUCCUGCUUGACACCGUUACACACACAUUCAGACAUACACAGACAAAACAACAUGCAUGUUAUGUCUGAGCCUAAUCUGCACCAUGCUGUGUUGGCGUUGCAAACGGUGUACUGUCCACGUCUGAUAUUGAAGAUACGAGAGCCUAACUCUCACGUGGAAAUCCUGGACCACUGAAAUCAGUCUUUGUGAUGGCAAACAGACUCGUGACAAAUCUCCAGCAUUCCUUUUUUGAUGAUGGACUCCAGGCCUGGUCAACAGCCUGAAUUAUGCAAUGACAACUAACUCUAACCCUAAUAUAGACAAGUGGUCCACAGACAAAAUAAAAAACAUGACACGACUUCAUGUUACUUUUCAAAAACAACAGAGAAGUUGCCUUAACUCUUGCUUGUAUAAUCUCUCCAGUUAAGACAAUGAUGCUCGCUUGUAAAGAAGACUCUCCCUUCUUUGUACAAAAUGAAAUAUACCAGAAACAACAACUUUGUUAUCUUGCUAGUGUCAAUGUAUAGAUGAUCAGCUUUUUCUGUAACUUGUAUGGACCGUCACAUUUUUGCUAAGAAGAAAACCCUCCUCCCAACUUCCUUUUUCCUAAACAUCCAAUCUGUUCAACGUUUUAACUCGUGGUGGACUGUCAAUCUUUUUGUGUACAUUUUAUAGUAUUAUUUAUUGUUGACAAGUUUUGCAUUUGCAAAUACGAAAAAAAAAGAAGUGAAGGUGGUUCGACCUGAGCAUUCUAUUCCAAUGUAAAUGCCUGGCGAACAGUGAAAAGCUUUUUUAAUUAUUAAAAUGGAAAAACAGUGAUAUGAGGAGAUGAUCUUCUGUCUUUUUAUUAUGACGUUGUAACAUGUACAUAACAUGUGGCCAAAAUUGCUUUGGAAAAAUAAUCAUUUUUUGUGUUGUAACAGUAUUUGUUUUAUCCAGUGAAUUGCUCAUGAAGACAAAUAAAUAAG